AGAUAUCUGGAAGUGAUAUUGUAAACGCUUUGAACAGCGAACUUGAUGGUCAGCUCUUGGCUGCAUUCCUUGCAUUAGGUACGUGUUAUGAUUAUAAUGAUACACCUGGUAAAUUAGCUUUUAUUACAAUAUUUUAUCGGUUGAGCCCGUAUUCUAUAGUAACUUCAAGGCGCCCGUACACCGUUUUAGGCGCACUAAAAUGUUACGGCCAAAAUUUAAAAGAGACAUCAUGACCUUUACUGUUUAUAAAGGAGGCAUGUCCGUUCGUUCAUUUAGAGGGUUAUCUUGCUUUCUUAUUGCUUUAUAUAGCUAUUUUAUGUACUAUUUAUAAAACAUGCAUGAGCAGCAAUGUUUCACUGAGCAGCAGCAAUUGCUUCAAAAACGAUCGAUCUAGUAAGUUCAAAGGCGAAGUAAUUUUCAGAAAGUACGUUGUGUAAGUCGAAAAAAUCAAAGUUAAAGCAUAUGUAAAUCAAGGCAAAUCUCUAUCACUAAAAGAUACGACACGCUUAUGAUUUUUCUUUAUGUUUUCCUCAUGAACUAUUAAUGAGUUUUGGAUUUUUGAGUUUUAAUUAUUAAUUAGUUUUUGACAUCCACUUUACUACUUUAGUUUCGUCAGCAAGAGACCCUCCAACGUACUAUGCAGGUCUGGCAAGAAAGACUGUGAAAGAGUCUCCAAACGAUUUUAUUCAUCUGGUGGUUGAACGAUGCGAGGUAGGUGCACGGGGUGAUUAAUCAUAGGCAGCAGAUGAUUGGUUUGGUUGGUGGAGGGGUUUGAAGUCAGUCCAUCGCAAUGCUCUAACUGAAAUACCUUUCCGUUGCAAGUGCAUGCUGAGGAAUUAAUAAUAAUUGGUAACACGUGCUAUCCAGUGGUGUCUUCUCUUCCAUAAUAAUCAGUGUUUGCUUUUCUAUUUCAAUUAAUAAAGACACGUAAUUUGCAUUCUGUAGAUCGAUACAGUGGAAAUUAAGGAUGUCUAUCUAAGUGUGUACAAGAAGAAAUUAGCUGACGAUAUUCUUGAGAACUAUAACGGUGUUCUGCAGAGAAUUUUACUUGGUCUUUUGGACGGUACGUAUAACUUACUUUGCCGGUCGAGGGUGGGGUCGAAUUACGUUUCGCAUGAAGGAAAACAGGAAUUCCAUCAGUUUUCGCAUGUAAAAAAUUGACCAUUUUCACGAAAAUGCAUUGUUGCAUCCAAAGCAUCGCUCUUCUUCACGUUCAAACUUUUCACCACUCGUCGGCGAGAACAAAUAUUGGCGAUUCACGGAUCAGGAAAAUACCCUUUACCUCCCCCUACUUUGCCCAACGCCAUAACAUUUUACUUGCUUUUACAUGUAAGGCCUUUGUAAAUGGGAAAAUAAACAGGGUUGAUGAGAUACUGCAGAGUACCCUUUUCGUCUUGGACCUAUUGGAGUUAAUUCGUUUAAUGUGCGAAAUUGAUAAAGAAAACGAUAUUUUUGUCUUUCUGAUUGUUUAGAACCAUGGGAGAAACUUGCUAAAGAAGCACCACAGGUAAUGGUUUUGAACAUAAUUAUCCCUUUUUCCCUUCCAUAUGCGCGCUUUUAAGGAAGGGAAGGCAGGGCCUGAUACUGAGGAUAUAGUAGUACUCAACCUCGUGCCCGGGGUAAUGAGCUUGCUGAGCUUACCCUAAACUCAUUGAUUAUGUCCUAUCUCAUGUUUUCUUGUUUCUCUUCAAUAAGGUUGAAAGCAGUCCUGGACAAGCGGAAGAAUCCAAAUCACCUAAGAUGAAGACUAUUGAAAAGGUAAAAUUGACAUCGUGCUGGAAUAUUUUUGGAAUAUGUAUGCUAAUCUACGAAUGCCUUCUAAUAUAUACUCUUACCGCCCACACAUGUUGCUUUGUAUUAUAGCCUCUCUAUCACGGCACAAUAAAGCCAGCUCUGGCAUUUGAUCCCAAAGAUUCCGCAGAGAAAUUGAAGAAAGCAAUGAAAGGGUUUGGUAAGAGUAUUUAUUUUUGGAUUGUUAUAAUAAUAAUAAUAAUAAUAAUAACAACAGGAUUGAUAAUGCUUAAACCAGGUUACUAUUUAAAGAUGAUAGCAAGGAAAGUAUUGUAGGUUGUAUUGGUGAAGGGAUUUUUAACCACAUGCCAGUGGCGUAACGGAGGAAGAGGGGGCCCUUAUGCAUAUUUGGUGUGGGGGCCCCUGAUGACCGCUGUCAUUGUUUGACUGAGAAAUAUUUAUAUUGGAUAUUUAUAGAAUGUCCUGGAAAAUUCCGUGUCUAUAACAACAAUAACAAUUAUAACAGUCUCCAACACAUGUAACAACUAAUAAGAAUAAUUUUUGUUUUAUUCGCGAUGGAAUAACACAAUCAACUACCGUUGUUGAUGGAGGAUUUAUUAUUUAGCAUUAUUAGUUUUGCAUUUUCCCAUUGAUUCAUAACCUGCAUUUUUUACGUUUUCUAUUUUUCUUUAAAACCUUAAUGACAUUAGCGACGAUUUAUAGCUCAAGUCUACUUUCGUACUUCUGCUUACCUAGGAACUGACGAAAAGACCAUUGUCCAAGUUUUGUCAUCGAAAUCGAACGAACAACGGCGAACAAUUUACAAUACUUAUCAACAGGAAUUCAAGAAGGUUGGUUUUGUUUUAUAUUAUAAAAGAAGUAUUGAUUGGGUGACUCAAUUUUUCCAUUAUAUUUCCAGGACUUGAUUGACGAAUUGAAAUCGGAGUUGGGUGGCGACAUGGAAAAUCUUGUUGUUGCUAUGUUAUUACCAAGUGACGUAUUUUAUGCCCGGGAAUUGGACAAGGCUAUGAAGGUGAGCGUCAUGGGGAGCGGUAGAAGAAGAUGGUGGGAGGGGAGAGGGUGGUUUACCAUGGGUUCUUAUGAAAGUUCUGCGGACUUGGGAAGGGUGUUCAGGCAAGAAAUUCUAAAAGCUAUCUUCUUAUUUUGAGUGUUCACUUGGGUUAGAGGUGAUGUGUUGUUGGAACAGUUAUUGCAUUUGCCUUGAAAUUUGUUUCCUUCAAUGUUCGAUUGUCUGAUAUAAUCUUGAAUUCUUUUGAAAUAAACCACAUUCUUUUCAUUAAUUUAAGCAGUUUAGUUAAUAUGUUAUGUUGCAUCAAAUUGCUAUUAUGAAAAAUAGUGUAGUAUAUCUAAAUUUGUGUUUCAGGGUUUUGGAACUAAUGAAGAAGCUUUAUGUGAAAUAAUCUGCGCGCAGUCGAGCGAGGUAUGGCCAUAACUCGACCAAUGUUUGAUUUGAAUUUAUUUAGCCAAUCACUUUUAUAUUUAUACUGUUUGUGUUUUAGAGUUUGGAAGCGGUUGUGAAUUGCUACAAACGAGGUAAAUGGACACUAUGUUUCUUUCGUUAUUUUUUCAUUCUAUAAUCUGAUCAUUGUUUAUAUCUUAAUCGUAUACUGCUGUGAAAUUUGGCGUGCAGGUUUUUAUAUUCAAAAUAUUAUAGAAGUAUACUGUAGACUUGUGGUUGUCACAAUAUUUAUGCAUAGCAGAUGCUCUAUCCAGUUCUAGUUUUUGAGAUCAGUUUACGAUAACCUACGUGACCUUGUGUAACCUACUAUCCAGUCAGUGGCGUAACGGAGGAAGAGGGGGCCCUCAGGAAUAUUUGGUGUGGGGGCCCCUGUUGACUGUUGUCAUUGAUUGACUGACAUAUUAUAUUUAUAUUGAAUAUUUAUAGAAUGUUCUGGAAAAUUUCGUGUCUAUAACAACAAUAACAAUAACAGUAACAGUAACAGUAACAGUAGCAAUAGCAGUAGCAAUAGCAAUAGCAAUAACAAUAGCAGUAACAGUAUAACAGUAACAGUAGCAGUAACAGUAACAGUAACAGUAACAGUAACAGUAACAGUAGCAGUAGCAAUAACAAUAGCAAUAGCAAUAGCAAUAGCAGUAACGGUAGCAAUAGCAAUAGCAAUAGCAGUAACAGUAGCAGUAGCAGUAACAGUAACAGUAACAGUAGCAGUAGCAAUAACAAUAGCAAUAGCAGUAACAGUACGUAGCAGUAGCAGUAGCAGUAGCAGUCUCUAACACAUGUAACAACUGAUAAGAAUAACUUUUUUCAUUUGAGAUGGAAUAACAAAAUCAGCUACCGUUGACCAUGGAGGCUUUAUUAUUUAGCAUUACUAAUUUUGCAUUUUCCCAUUGAUUCUUAACCUGCACUUUUUACGUUUUCUAAUUUUCUGGGCGAUAUAGGCCGUGGCUGAUAGGGGGCCCUAACUGUCGGGGGCCCUAACUGUCGGGGGCCCUUGGGUUUUGAACUAACCCUACCCAAUUAGCGUUACGCCACUGUAUCCAGUCAGUCUAUCCAGUCUAAAUGUGGUGGGUUUAGUUAUUUAGAGUAUUUACAAAACCGCGUCUAAUCCCAUUCACUUGUUUUCCAGAGAAAGGCAAAGAUUUAAGUGCCGCCAUUGACGGCGAAACUAAGGAUGAUGUGCAACGUUUGCUUCUUGGAUUGUUGCUGGUGAGUAGUAUGUGUGUGUUGUUGUACCGUCCAUAUUGCAUAGAAAUACAUCAUUCUAGCCAAACAGCUGAACUUAAAUGUUUUCGAAAUGAUAUUUUAAAAUUGAGUAGCAUGACAUGUUUUUUUCAAAAUGUCAGACUUUGCACAUUAGCCAAGGUUCAAUUAAAGAGCAUUUUCAUUGUGUUUUAGAGCGGCCGUUUGAAUGCGAAGGAAGUUGAUAUGAACGAAGUGGAAGCAGCUGCCUUGGAUAUCAGCAAGGUUUGGGCAAAAUUGUGAUACUUACUAAAUUCAGUGCGAACAACAAAUUUUACAUCGAAACAUAUACUUGCCUCAAGAAUUCCAACCUUAUUACUUGAUGACAGAGUAGUAUUCAAGUACUGACGAAGUUUGUUUGUUAUGAUGAAAAUAAGAACCCAGCAUAAUUUAGCCUGCGCAUAAUUUCAUACACACAAAAUAUAUAGAAGUAUUAAUGUGAGUGACGUUUCAUCUUAACUCAAGACAUCUUCAGACUAACAGUAAAAUUACAAUGACAAGGCUUGUGAAUAAAUUAACAUUGUAAUUUUAUUGUUAGGCUGAAGAUGUCUUGAGGUAAGACGAAGUUUGUCAAUAAAUCGUUUAUAUAUAUAUACAGCUAAUUCAAUUAAGGUUGUCCUUCCAAAAACUUUAACUUUAAACUCUGAGCGCGCAAGGAAUUAUGGGUUAUUGCAUAUUUGUCUUUGCAAGGAUACCUAAGACACCUAUAGAAGAGUCGCAACAGAAAACAUACUUUCUGCAAAGGAAAUUUUGUGAGUUGAAGGGCUUACUGUAAUAGGUGAAAAUUCAUCAGAGUUUAAGAUUUAAGGUUUUGGAAGGACAACCUUAAUUGAAUCAGCUGUAUAUUAUGUGUGUAUAUGGUUCUAUUUGAAGUAUUAUGCUGGGCUCUUAUUUUCAUUAUAAGAAUACAUUAGGGCCCACAGUAAUUGGUACCAUACUGUUGUGGUGACCCUGCCAUGAAUGCAUGAUAAUGGCGAAGUUAAAUAAAUAAAUAAACAUUGAAUAUAUUGAAUAAAAAUUCGUUUGUGUUGCACACUUUGUGGAGAUUUACUACCCACGGUCGUUGCUUACACACCUGCUCACAUAUUCUUCCCAUUCUUUUAUAUUUGUUUCGCACAGGCUCAAGGCAAUAGAUGGCAAGGGGAAAAUUCAGUUAUACAAAAUCUUUUGGGGACAAAAAGCCGAGAUUUCAUGGCUGAAGUUAUCACGGAGUUCCAGAAGGUAAGUGUAUGUAUUCUGCUUAAAACACUGGGGAUUUGAACGUCUAUGGACUUUUCCCCUUAUAACUAAAAUUUUGAUCUAGACAAGUCUAGACUAUAAACUUUCAUUACGGCUUGAAAGGGCAUUACAAAAUUAGUAAUGUUCCGAAGUUUCAUUGCGAAAUGUUGUAAAAUGCGCAUAAUAUAGCCCUGCGAAAUUUGCAGUUUUCAGUCGUUUUGUAUUACAAACGGAAAAUUGUUGCCCCAACACCCGAUUGGGCUGUCAAUUUCCCAUGCGUAAUACAAAAUGAAUGAAAAACGUCAAAUUUUGCAAGGCUAUAUUAUCCGCAUUUUACAACAUUUCGCAACCAAACUUUGGAAUAUUACUAAUUUUGUCAUGUUCUUUCAAGCUGUGAUGAAAUUUUUGUCUUGAUCAAAAUUUUAGUUAUAAGGGGAAAGGUCCAUUGGUACUGUUUUGUUCAGAUUUAAUAACAACUACUGCACUUAGCUGUUCGCGGUUGUUUUGUUGUACCUAAUCGAAAGAUUUAUGAGUGUUUUUGAAAUCCUGUUGCAGUCUAUUGCGAAUAACGAACACUAUUCAAAUGAUACAAAUACUGCUUAGAAAUAAUUUACAUUCCGUUCUGCAGUUACGAAUCUUGAACGAGGUUUGAACGCGCGUUGCGAACAAUGAAAAACAAUCAGAACGCGUUCCGCGCACGUUUCUAUUAGAUCACUCAGCAUUUAUUUUCACAUUUUCAACAGAUUACAAAAAGUGACAUAAUAGAAAUGAUAAACAAAGAAACAUCAGGGACGUACAAAGAUUGUCUACUUGCUGCAGGUUGGUCACGAAUUUAUUUUCCAAAAUGUUUAUACCAUUGUUGUUUCCAAUCUAAACCCUGGCUACCUCCGCCUUACCGGUGGGGGUGUUUUUUGUGGACUUGAAUGACUUAGAUUCCUGCGCUUCACUUGGUGGAAUUAAUAUUAGGAUGUCAGGGUUUGUAAUCCAACUGAGGAUAUAUACAUUUUAAGACCCAACCAGGAACGACUGCGAAAAAUGCAGCACAAGGUGCUCUGGUAGGAAUUGACCCCACGGUCCUGCGAUUCCGAUGCAGCGCUCUAACCAACUGAGCUACAGAGGCCAGCUGUGUUGACAAAAGUAACUAUUGAACUCUUCUUUCCAAGGUAACAGCAUAAAAAGACAACAAAAUUUCUCACCUUAUCUCGGCACUUCUUGCCAUAAGAUGCAUCCUUGCAAACGCAUUUGACAACCUUGAGUGUGAACAAACGCAUUGCCCGCACUAGGCUAUGCGUAUGUUCACACACGAGGGUGUCAGAAACACAGAUAUACCAAGGAAAAUUGCCAAGAAGAUGCGGAGUAAAAAUCCGCACGCCUCCAUCGCUUGAUAGCUAAAUUAUUUUUGAUGUAAUUAGUGUCGUCAUAAUUUGAUGUAAACUGCGUCACAGAUGACGCGAGCCAGGAGGAAUUUUGCGCGCGGAGCGGAAUUUUUCUUGGUCUUGUGUUCUACCGCGAGGAAAUAAUUCGAAAAGACAAAGAAAGAAAUCCGCUUCCCGCUUGGUGGAAAACAAAUAUGUUAAAUCAAUAUUUGGAAAAUAUAUAUAGGCGAUUCCCACCGUGAUCACAGAAACUUUGAUAGUGUAAACUGUAGCCUUUAGGAAUUCUACGCAGUGUUGAACGUUUCAGAGGUGAAAUACACAUGAAUAUACGCUAGCCACUGUCCAAGUCAUGCGCUGAGUUAUGAGUUUCCGGAUUUUCACCAGCCCGCGUGCAGGCCCGAGGUAGAUUUUCACUUUUUUCUGCAUUUUCAUUUCAGUGGAAUGUAUACGUCAUCCUCCUACGUAUUUCGCCAAACGUCUUCACAAUGCAUUGGACAGAAUGAAUGUUGAUGAUGACACUUUAAUACGAUGUCUUGUUGGCAGAUCUGAGGUAAGGAUAAAUUUUUUCACGAGUUGUGAGAAAACAUCUGAACUCUUGAUGUUUCCCUUAUUCCUUCUUGUUUACCUUCGAAAACACACAUUGAAAAUUUUCUCUUUGGGAAGCCAAACUCUUUCUAAAUUAAGAAACAUGUUGUUUUGCAAAUGUGAUUAUUGCCUCGAAAACUUUGUAUUCUUAGCUUUUAAUCCCCUAUACCUGCGUGUCUGGAUAUGCCACAAGCGCAGCCAGUAAUUCACUCUACAGGCAGAUACAUCUGACAAAUGUUUCCUGGUUUGCCUACCUAUACCUAUGAGGAAGUAUGGCUUGGAAGUAAUGAGAAAACCUCCCGACUAAGGCGCCGAUUACAUGGAGCAUUUUCAACCCUGGCGUUGAACUCAGCUCUGUUGACGGGUUGAAAUUCCAGCCCUGUCUGUAAUACCAAACUUAAUCACAAUCAAACGCACGAUUAUAUGACAAAAUUUUCAACCCAGGGCCGAGUUCAACCCGUAGAAAUAAUAGAUAUGCAUAGCAUUCCAUGUCUAUUAUUUCUAUGGUUCAACCCCUAGCAGGGUUGAAAUUUCAACCACGGGUUGAACUCGGCCCUGGGUUGAAAAUUUUGUCAUAUAAUCGCUUCAACCCAUGGCUGAAAUUAUUCAUGCAUGAGUUAUUCGGGCAUGCGUGGUAGUGACUAUUUAUUACAAGCAAACAAAAUGGACCCGCUUCCUUCCACUUCCGGGAAUCAAUGCCGGGAACGCAUAGCAUUUCAAUCCCGGGGUUGAAAUCGUCCAUGUAAUUGCAAAAAAAUUCAAGUUCAACCCAGUGCCGAGUUCAAACCUGGGGUUAAAAGUGCUCCCAAUGUAAUCGGCCCCUAAGGAACGUCGAAGUUCUCCUUGUAAUUUGUAGGUAGUUGUGAUCCCAUCAAUCCGCAGCAUUCUUGUUAUUGCCACUACCUACAAUAGUACAGAGCUUUUUUUAUUUUGAAACGUGUGUUUGUUGUUUUCAAAUAGAUCGACCUGCUGGAAGUGAAGCAAUCUUACCAAGCACUCGCUUCUAUGUCGCUAGCGGACAUGGUGAAGAAAAAAUGUCGUGGUGAAUACGAAACAUUGCUAGUUGCACUGAUUGAUGGAAACUAAAUGUCUCUUUAUCAUAUCUAGACAGUAAUUGUAUACGAGAGGGAGUUUAUUAUCAUGAUAUUAUACAUGAUAUGAUCUUGCAAGGUUCUUGGUCUUGCCCAGUUUAUAAAUAAGCUUUGCCUUUGAGCUGUUUUAUGAAAUCGUCAUAGUAAACUUCAUCUCGUAUUUGAUGUAUUACAUUCGAAGAUGUAUUCACCUCUGAGGCUUCUGUUUUGAAAUACUGCGACAUAAUAAUAUUCAAGCUAUGCUAUGAAGGAAAAGUGCUGAAAACAUCUGCUUAAUCGUCAUGAUUAUUCCUGUGUAAACAUGAAUGGUACGCCAGCAGAGAUUCUUUGAAUGUUUCCGAUUAAUUUCGCUGCCUAUAUUUCUUCACCUCCUUUUAUUAUGCAUUUAUUAUUUCCCUCCAAUAAUGGCAAUGAGUUUGAAAAGUAGACCAAAUGUUUCGCCUCCUCAAAAGGCGAAUUAGCAAAAUAUAAGGUUUCUGUAUGUCUAAAUUCUAAAACUAAAUCAGUAAUUCAAACUAACAACAAAACGUUUGCGUGUCCCGGCCAUUUCCGGAGAAUAAAAGCCUCUUGAAUAGAUUUGAUAUUCUAAUAAUUCUAUAUUUAUACGCGUGACCUAAUUUAAUAUUGUAUAUUAACGUAUUUAUUUGUAAAUAUCUGCACUAUACAGUACUGUAUUAUCUAGUUUGUAAGUUGACACACUGUGAUUAAAUUUUUUAUAACUUGUAAUAAAAUGUAAAGACGAAAGUUGUUGGUUGUAUGGAAUGUUAUCAGAG